GUGUCAUUUAUAUUUCCCUUUCGACGACCUACAAGUUGAUAAAGGUCGAUCCUUUCGGUUUAAUUUUAAUAAUCAAAAAACCGUCCCGCUUAUCUGGACGGCCUAUUAAAAAUACAAAUCAGAAAUGCUGCGAACGAUUUUAGUACGAAACCAAGUUUUGAACGAUAGCCUUAAAAAAGCUAUUAGGAGUAACAUAACAAGAUGUAUAAGCACAGAGUUGGCCCGAAGAAAACAGCCAAAUAAAAUACUUACUGUAUCUCGAAAAACCAUAGCAUCUCCACAAUGGACCGUCCAAAUAAGAUACUACUCGAGUCUCCCCUCACAUUUAAAAGUAAAUCUUCCUGCACUCUCUCCUACAAUGGAAAGUGGUUCUAUAGUCAGUUGGGAAAAAAAGGAGGGUGACAAACUAAGUGAAGGUGACCUUCUAUGUGAGAUUGAAACUGAUAAAGCAACAAUGGGCUUCGAAACUCCUGAGGAGGGUUAUCUGGCUAAAAUUCUCAUACCCGCUGGCACCAAGGGUGUGCCUGUAGGAAAAUUGCUUUGCAUUAUUGUUGAGAGCCAGGCUGACGUUGCUGCUUUCAAAGAUUUUAAGGAUGACUCCACAGGAGCUCCUGCUAAACCAGCGGAAAAGAAACAAUCAGCUGCGGCAGCACCGCCACCAGCGGCACCGGCAGUAGCGGCACCGGCACCAGCGGCACCGAAGCCCGCAGCACCGACACCGGCAGCGGCAGCCGCGCCUGCCGGUCAGCAGCACGGCAGGAUCUACGCCAGCCCGAUGGCCAGACGACUUGCCGAAAUCAAGAGUAUCCGGCUUGGUGGGCAGGGUUCAGGACUGUAUGGGUCACUAAAGAGUGGUGAUCUCGCAGCGGCUGCCGCGGCCACCGCAUCCCUCCCCCCACCGCCAGCGCCUGCACCCGGAGCCACCUUCACUGACAUACCCCUCAGCGGUAUGCGAGAGACCAUCGCCAAACGACUGUCGGCCGCCAAGCAGACAAUUCCUCACUACCAGUUAUGCGCAACUGUUAAUGUGGAAAAGCUUCUGGCUAUGAGGAAGGAGGUUAAUGAACGGCUGGCCGCUGAGAAGUCUAAUGUUAAGGUCUCUGUAAACGACUUCAUCUUGAAAGCUGUUGCGGCUGCUUGCAAGCGAGUGCCCACUGUUAAUUCACAUUGGAUGGAAACUUUUAUUAGGCAGUAUUCGAACGUAGACGUUAGUGUGGCAGUAGCUACGCCGUCGGGUCUCAUCACACCGAUCAUAUUCAACGCGGACUCGCGCGGCAUCCUCGACAUAUCAAACAAUAUGAAGGAGCUCGCGAACAAGGCAAAGGAAGGGAGGCUACAGCCGCAGGAGUACCAGGGUGGUACCGUCACUGUAUCAAACUUGGGAAUGUUCGGUAUCACGAUGUUCAACGCGAUCAUCAACCCGCCACAGUCGCUGAUCCUAGCUUGCGGCGGUCUCCAAGACAUCGUUAUACCAGACAAAAAUGAACCACAGGGAUUCCGAUUAGCGAAAUUCGUAACAUUCACGGCAUCUGCCGACCACAGAGUGAUCGACGGCGCGGUCGGUGCGCAGUGGAUGAAGGUUCUUAAGGAGAACCUCGAGAACCCCGCCAACAUCAUACUGUAAAUUAGCUCCAUUCAUCUUAUUCAUACUAUUACGUAAACAAAUUAAGUUAACUUGAGACCUAUCGUAAAUCUGCCACUUUCUAAAAGUAACCAAACGUUAAAAUUUUACAACUCCACUAAAGUUUGACAGAUUUUUCUACAUUAUGUUAAGUUUUGUUAAUUUACAAUACGGUGCCGGUUCAUUAAAAAAAAAAAUUGGUUCAUUUAAUAAAAAAAAUCGGUUUUCCAACGUUUUAUUAUAACUGGGUGUCUUUUUAAUGUCUUAUGAAGUCUCAAGUUAACUUUGGCGUGAGAUACAUUUUAAUUCGCUGAUUAAGAGCCUAUGCACAGUGUAAUUCCUACCUGCACUUGCAUAAAAUUAUUGCUAACGUGCCCCGCUGUACAGCUAAGCCUGAGAUCGAAUACGAGCGGUCAAUCAACCCCAUCGAUACUUAUAAAAUAAAACCGCUCAUUCACAGUUUAAUGGUUAUCGUACCCUGAUACCUUUGUCAAAUAUUAACCAUUUCCUUUUUCACGUAAAAAAAUAUUGUGGUACGGUUGGUCUUUCUAAAGACUUCUGAAUUUAUUAAGUGUGCAAAGCCUUUUAACUUGAAAAGUAACUCAACAACGUAUCCGGGACAAUAACAAUUUUUACUCGAGCUUCGUACAAAUUUAUGACGUUAACAAGAUUACAAACGUCAUACAUUUGUAUAAUCCUUUAUUAUUUAUAUACAUAUAUGGUUUUGAGGAAGACCAAUAAAAAAAAUAUUAAAAUAACCUUUACGUACGCAAAGCUUAUUGCAUAUGAGCAUAUAAGUAGGUAAAGCUACGGGCUUAAUGUCGUUAUCUGGGUGUUAAUAAAUAAUUUAACCAACAAUCGUUAUAGUGAUGUAAAUUAUAUACAGAGUAUAAAAACAAAUAGUUUAAAAUCAUAACUUUUUUCAUAAAAACAGGAUAGUUUAAAAAUUAUACCUGUGUCUGAUAAACAUAAAAGCAGAGAUACCGGCAUGUGUUUAAUCAGCAAAUUACAAAAAUUAAAUUAUAUCUACGAAUUCCGGUCAUAUCCUUUGAUUCCAUGGUUUUCAUUUACGAACGACUUAAAUCAUGUAAAACUAUAUUAUAAUUGUAUAAAUAUUUCUUUUGUACACACAAUAUAUUAAUAAUUAAGGAUAAUUCAUAUACACUUUUAUAAUAAAACGUUAUAAUUUCGAAGGAUAUGCGGUGAAAUUAAGGGAUUAUCAGUUUAUUAUAUUUAAGCUAUGCAAUCGAGGAGUUCAAAUAAAUUAUUAUCACGAAAAUAAAUUACCUCAAACCUUAACCCUACCUUAUUGUGUUUGAAAUGUGGUGUGGAUCUAAAAGAUCUAUAAUUUAUAUGGAAAAAUGGUGAAUGUGUUAGUUUUUCUUUAAGAUUAAUUGUAUACUGCCAUAAAACCUUGAAAACUUUAGAUAAGUUUGAAUUUCUACAUUCUGUUAAAUUAUCAUUAUUUAUUGCAUUUUUUGUAGUUUUUUUUUUUGGAGUAGAGAUCUACCUAUUUAUAUUCAUUAUUAUUUUAUUGAAGUUUAGCUGAUUGAAGAAAAUUGCUGGCUACAUAUUAUUGUGAUGUAAAUAAUUGAGUCGUUACCAUCUCAUAUUGUUUGAUUUAAUGAUGCUAGAUGAUUUUAUGAACGUUAGUGAAUAUAUAUUAUUUA